AUGUCAACAAACGAAGAUAUAACUCCUACUGAAAAGGACGAAAUUUUAGAGAUAUUCUUCGAUGAAAACUUUGUUCCACAAGCAUAUGUAGAUAUCCUACUGUCGACUACACGUGCGCAGAAUAAACAUCAGCUACAACAUACAUCUUCCUCACUGUUGGCUAGACUAGACUUCUACACUAAACAUCUGACUUCCGAAUUAGAAAAGACCAUAUGGAAUUUAGAAAAACUAUCUGAAAGAUUACCUGGUACUUGGGAUUCGAAGUCCAGUAGGGACCAACAGCCGAAUUCGAAUGAAGACCAGUACAUGAAUUCCCAGAUUCCUGGUGCGUCAAAACUAGAAUAUUAUUUAGAUACAUUGGGCGGGGCUGUGAGAUCAGUGGAAAAUGAUGUGGAAAAGAUAAAUAAAGAACUUGAAACUUUAGAUGGAAAGUUCAAUGAUGAUACAGAUGUAAUCGAGAAAUCUAAAAAAUUGGAACUUGUUCGGAGUAGACUGAAUAAUGUACUCAACAUCUUUCUUCAAUUACAAAGCAUAUUAGGUAUCUCUCAAUCUACUGAUUCAGACUCAAAGCAAACUAUAAAAAAUGUAUCAUUAGAAAAUUUUACACUGGCAUUGAAUACCUUAGAAGAAACUAUCACAGAAUCGUUAACUGAAUCACUUAAAAAGGAAUCGUCAAAAGAAAGAAAUGCUGAUUUGAUAGCUAAAGUAGAUCAAUUUAUACGACUGACUCAAUUAUUUCAAGGUUUGACCCACUUCCAUGACAUAUAUGCCAAAUUUUCGGACAAUAUAUCCAGAGCCUCCCAAAGUUAUUUAGCUACGAAGGAUAUUGAUGGUGAUUUUAAUAUUUGA